UUUUUAGUUGAAGUUCUUAUCCACAGAAAGUCGGCCACCGUAUUCCACGUUCCUCGUUUUUUAUCCCCAGCUUAAACCACUGCUUACUGUCUCCUCCACCGGCCACCGUUGUGCUCCACCGCUUCAUUUCCUCAACACAUGUUUGAAUGAACAAAAUGUCCUUAUCCUACCACUCUUUCUCCCCACUCCUUUCUCCUUCCACUAAAUUUCAUCAUCCCCUAAUUCCCUCCAAAAUCCCUCACCUGCAUCACCAUCCAAAGUUCUCCGUCGUCCACCGGCGGAUUCUACUCACCGUCGCGGCGAGAGGCAAGCCUAAAGAGCUCAUCCUCGGUAACCCUACAGUUACCGUGGAGAAAGGCAAGUACAGCUACCACGUCGAAACCCUUAUCAACAAGCUAUCGAGCCUCCCGCCGCGGGGUAGCAUCGCGCGUUGCCUCGACACCUUCCGCAACAAGCUCUCCCUCACCGAUUUCUCCCACGUCUUCAAGGAAUUCGCCGCCCGCUGCGAUUGGCAGCGCUCUCUCCGUCUUUUCAAGUACAUGCAGCGCCAGAUAUGGUGCAGCCCUAACGAGCAUAUUUACACUUUAAUGAUUGGAAUACUUGGCCGCGAAGGCCUUCUCGAUAAGGCCAUGGAGAUAUUCGAUGAAAUGCCAGCUCACAGUGUUGCCCGAACCGUCUUCUCCUAUACUGCAAUCAUCAAUGCCUUUGGCCGGAAUGGUCAGUACCAAACUUCCCUCCAAUUACUUGAUAAGAUGAAAAAGGAAAAAGUAGUUCCCAACAUUUUGACAUAUAAUACGGUUAUUAACUCUUGUGCUCGAGGGGGAUAUGAAUGGGAGGGGUUAUUGAGUCUAUUUGCUGAAAUGCGACAUGAGGGGAUUCAGCCAGACUUGGUCACGUAUAAUACUUUGUUAAGUGCUUGUGCAAAUAGAGGAUUGGAUGAUGAGGCAGAAAUGGUGUUUAGGACAAUGACUGAGGGUGGGGUUUUACCUGAUAUAACUACUUAUAGUUAUUUGGUUGAGACAUUUGGAAAACUAAGAAAGUUAGAGAAAGUCUCAGAAUUGCUUAGGGAAAUGGAGGCAGGAGGGAACUUACCUGAGGUAACAUCCUAUAAUGUCUUGUUGGAGGCAUAUUCUCAUUCAGGGUCAUUGAAGGAGGCUAUGGAUGUUUUCAGGCAAAUGCAGGCUGCAGGGUGUACUCCUAAUGCGGAGACUUAUAGCAUUUUGUUGAAUUUAUAUGGAAAGAAUGAGAGGUAUGAUCAGGUCAGGGAUCUCUUUCUUGAGAUGAAAAUUAGUAAUACAGAGCCAGAUGCAGAUACGUAUAACAUUCUUAUCCAGGUAUUUGGGGAAGGCGGAUAUUUUAAAGAAGUAGUGACAUUGUUCCAUGAUAUGAUGGAAGAGAAAGUGGAACCAAAUAUGGAAACUUAUGAAGGAUUGAUAUAUGCAUGUGGGAAGGGAGGGCUUCAUGAAGAUGCGCAGAAGAUCCUUCUUAGUAUGUACAGAAAAGAGUUAGUUCCAAGUUCUAAGGUUUAUAACGGUGUUAUUGAAGCUUAUGGACAGGCUGCAUUAUAUGAAGAGGCUACUGUUGCUUUCAAUACAAUGAAUGAGGUUGGAAGCAAGCCUAUGGUUGAAACUUACAAUUCUCUGAUCCAUGCAUUUGCUAGAGGGGGACUUUACAAAGAGGCUGAAGCAAUAUUGCUUACAAUGGAAGCGGAGGGUGUUCAGAGGAACGGAGAUUCAUUUAAUGGCAUGAUUGAAGCAUAUAGACAGGGAGGCCAGUUUGAAGAAGCUAUAAAGACUUAUGUUGAUAUGGAAAAGGAAAGAUGUGAUCCAGAUGAACAAACCCUUGAGGUAGUUCUAAGUGUCUACUGCUUUGCAGGUCUAGUUGAUGAAAGCGAGGGGCAAUUUCAAGAAAUAAAAUCUGUAGGCAUACAACCUAGUGUUAUGUGCUACUGUAUGAUGCUGGCAGUCUAUGCAAGAAGUGAAAGGUGGGAUCAAGCCUUGGAAUUAUUAGAUGAGAUGUUAACAAAUAAGGUGUCCGAAAUGCACCAGGUUAUUGGACAAAUGAUCAAGGGGGAUUUUGAUGAUGACAAUAACUGGCAGAUCGUAGAGUAUGUCUUUGACAAACUCAAGUAUGAAGGAUGUGGUCUGGGCAUUAGAUUUUACAAUGCACUUCUAGAAGCACUUUGGUGGUUUCGCCAGAAGGAAAGGGCUGCAAGAGUGCUAAAUGAGGCAACAAAGAGGGGACUGUUCCCUGAAUUAUAUCGGAAAAACAAACUUGUGUGGUCUGUAGAUGUACAUAGGAUGUGGCCUGGAGGUGCAUGUACUGCAAUAUCUGUCUGGCUUAAUAAUAUGCAGGAACUGUUGCCAAAAGGGGAGGACCUUCCUGAAGUGGCAACAGUUGUGGUGGUACGAGGUGAUAUGGAAAGGAGCAAAAUUGGUGGAGAUUCUCCAAUUGCAAAGGCUGCUUAUUCUUUUCUGGAGGAUUAUGUUUCAUCAACGUUUAGUUUCCCCGUGUGGAACAAGGGCAGAAUAAUCUGCCAAAAGUCUCAAUUGAAGCGUAUUUUUGGCAGUAGUGAAUCAUCUUCAGAAGGCUCAAAAGGUGGCAUCCAAACUUCUCUAAGUAACACCCCCAUUCCUUUUUUGGCUACACAGUCAUCUACAAGGGACGCAAAAAGAUCAAAACAUGGUAGUAGUGAAACCAAAAAGAACAGAACACGUUCAGAACUUUUGGCAACCACAACUUGAAUGGAUACGUGAAUCCAAGGCCAGCUUUUUGUGACCAGGGGUGCACACACAAAGAAAUGUAAGAACUCGUGGCUGUCUUCCGAAUGAUGAGAUGGUGGGUUUUUCAGUGGUGGAGAAUGAGGUUCCGGUGCCAAUGUUGGAUAACACUCACCAAUAUGUCAGAAUACAUGGUGUGCCUUUAUGACUCACUUCUCAGGUAUGCUUUGGCCACGAAAUGCUUACAUUUUUGUGGUGCUUGGUUUAGUGAAAGACCAAUGGGUCAAGGGUGUGGAUUUCCCCUUGUGUAAAUUAAUGCAUCAUUUUUGUUUAGUUACUCUUUUUGUCUGGAUUUAUUUGGAAAUUUUAGAGAAUGUAUCUGAUCAGGAGGUGGCAAUUACAACCCUAUUCAGAUGGGAAUUUUUACAGCUUUCGGUAUAUUCUGUUAACUGUUUUUUGA